AUGCCCCCUCCUGUCGGCAGAUACGGGCCUACUGGCCUAAACGCUUCCUAUACCCACCUCCAACAAGCCCAUCUCCAACAACAACAGCAAGCCCAACACCACCCGGCCCAUGCUCAGUCGGCCAACACAGCUCUCCCGCCUCCCUCCAUAGGUGGCCACCCCGGGUUUGCAGCCGGGAACCCGAACACUAAUAUCAAUCCUUUUACGUUGUCCGGCACCGGCAUCGCAAACGGCAUGUCCGUCGCAGGGUUCGGGGGUGCCGGGGAUGGAGGCGGGACCGGGCUCGCCAGCCAUGCCGCCCAGAUGGGCUUCGCACGAGGAGCGCAGAUGCAGCAACAGCAAUUACAUCAGGCUCACGAUGGUCGGUUGGCGCUGGAGACAAAAGCUGGUGCAGUGAAGACACGGAUACGUGACGUAUGGAGCCACAACCUGGCUCAAGAGAUGGCUAUCCUCCGACAGUUCGUCGAGAAGUACCCUUAUAUCAGCAUGGACACCGAGUUCCCCGGCAUCGUCGCACGCCCCAUGGGAUCGUUUACGAACAAAGCAGAUUACCACUAUCAAACUCUCCGGUGUAACGUCGACCUCCUGAAAAUGAUCCAGCUUGGUAUUACACUCUUCUCCAACGAAGGCGAGGUACCCCCGCCCAAUGCUACGGAUGCGAAUGGACAACCUCUUGGAAACAGCCUGGUUCCGGCUCCCUGCACAUGGCAAUUCAAUUUCCGGUUUUCUUUGGAGGAAGAUAUGUAUGCGCAGGAGUCGACGGCUAUGCUUGCCAAGGCGGGUAUCGAUUUCUCCAUGCACGAGAAGAACGGUAUCGACCCGUUUGAGUUCGGUGCUCUGCUGAUCAGCUCGGGGCUCGUUCUGUUGGAAGACGUCCACUGGGUAUCGUUCCACUCCGGCUAUGACUUCGGAUACCUGAUGAAGAUCAUGCUUUGCAAACCCCUUCCCGAGAACGAAGAGGAAUUUCACAAACUUCUCAAAAUCUUUUUCCCGUCGCUGUAUGACAUCAAAUACCUGAUGAAACAUGCUGGACGCAACCAGGCUGUAAACGACUCUCCGUUAACGCCGGCCGCUGCUCAGAUUCUCACUAAUCUUGGACAGAAGUCGGGACUUCAAGACAUUGCCGAUGAGCUCGGUGUCAAGCGCGUUGGCAUCGCUCAUCAGGCGGGAUCGGACUCACUCGUGACCGGCGAGAUCUACUGGAAAAUGCGUCAGCUUGUCUUCAAUGGCAGCAUUGAUGAGUCGAAGUACUCUGGACAGAUCUGGGGCUUGAAUGGGCAUAUGCCGUCUUUGCUGUACCACAUGCAACCACAUCAAACCCCCAACCUCAAUGGCGCCACAAUCUACUCGGCUACCGGCACGCCGAGCACCCCCAACGCUGGACACAUUGGUGGCAGCCAAACACCCCAUACAAUGACUCCCGGUGCCACUGGGGGCGUCCUGGGUCAAUUCCAGCUUGCCAAGUCAUGA